GACAGGAGGAAAAAAAAAAAAAAAAAAAGAAAGAUCCUUAGUGGCGUGAAAAAGUUGGGAUCCGGCUGCUGGGAAUCUGGCUCACAAUCUGCUGGUGUUUACUCUGUGUCCAGCUGAAACAGUCUAGAUAUCCUUGUUCGUUUCUAAGGGAGCAGCGAUCUGUGUGAUGGGAAAAAGAGAAGGAGAACAUUUUUCUUCCUGAAAAUACUUGAUGCUUGCGAUAUUUUAGUUUUCCGAGACGAGCUAACUCAGGUGCUGUGGGGUCAUGGGCAGCUUCCAGGGCCACGUUCUCCCCGGCACCGUAUUCCUGCUAAUAGGGAUCUGGUGGGCGGGAAAGUUCUCCCUCUGGCACGCCACCCGCAGGAACAAAAGCUUUGGCUCCACCCGGCUCGCCAGCAGGACCUUGCAGCGACGCAUGGAGAUAAUUGAAAACUCUUUUUUUCUCUUCUGCUCCGUUAUUGGUAUGAUCUGCGAGCAGUAUGUCGCAAAUGGCCCGAUGCUUCAUUUGUAUGACUUUACAGAGAAACACUGGGAGCAGUUGCACAUCUGGCAGCACACAACCAUGUACCUGUUCUUCUUCCUGGCCGCCGUCGUGUCUCUGAUUGUCCACACGACCAAGGCCGUCCCGGUGGCCCUGGACAAGCUGAUGCUGGGGAUCGCGUUCUUUGUCGAAGGGUUCCUCUUCCUCUACCACCUCCAUGGACGGACCAUGCUGGACGUCCAUGUGCAUCAGCUCCUCCUCUACGCCAUCUUUGGUGAGAGUCUUAUAUUUUUCCUGGAGGUCUUCCACAGAGACAACAUCGUCCUGGAGCUGCUGUGCUGCACCCUCACCAUCUUGCAAGGCAGCUGGUUCUGGGAGAUCGGUUUCGUGCUGUACCCUCCCAACGGCACCGUGUGGGACAUGAAAGACCACAACACCAUGAUGUUUAUCACCAUGUGCUUCUCCUGGCACUUCGUCUUUGCCAUUCUAGUCGUCGGUGUGGUGUACGGCACCGUCAGCUGCGUGGUUCGCUCCAGACUCAAAAGGACUCCUCCGAUGGAAAUGGGACUUCUGAAGCCCCGGGAGCGGGAUGCCGAGUCAGAGGAUGAGAUUUUAUGAGGACUGUUGUGCGACAUUUCCAAAACAAAUCAGGGAUGCGAAGCUUUCAUCUUCAGCAGCAGCACGACUAAGGGUGCACACAGGCACACAAAACAGGGCUAUAAGAAUGCUUUAGAGAUAUAUUGUUUCCUUUGCCUUAUUUAAUCAGCUAUAAAGCCUUUUAGCCUGACUUAUAAUUUAUUUUUGCAGUGACAGGAAACUGAUUUCUGCCAUAUCUUUAUUGUCUGUACAAUAGUUUGUCGCCUGUUAUUUGGAUUGAUUUCAUCUAUGUCUGUGCCAACAUGUUGAUAAAACAGUCAUCUUCAUUCCGGUGUAAAAAAAGUACAACUUUAUAAGUUUGCCUUUACGUACUUUGCAUACUGGUAUUGUGUCUUUUUCCUCUUGCGAGAACGUCAGACCAUGCAUGUGGUCUGAACCCAAAUCCAAGGCUGACUUUUAUUUUUCAUUUUUUCAAACGGUGUAAAUGUUUACGUUUUACUGUUUAACAUGAAUCUGUGGCACGCCAACCAAACACAGAUUUUCAAGUUAGCUUAUAAGUCACUUUUUUAUAACUUGAAGUCACCGGACCGCAAUCCAACAGAGCCCUUCUGAGAUGUGGUGGGAUAAGAAAUCACAGUGGUGGGAAAGCAGAGCUAAAAAAUCUGUUUUGGUUAAAUGUUUUGUUUUUUUAUAAAUUCGAAUCGAAACACAAAAUCUUUUGAGAAUGGGACCAGAUUUUAACAAUGUUUAGGGUGCAGUUGCGACAAAUAAAGAUUUCAUAGAACUAAAA